AUGAGAGAGCGUGCAAACACGACAUAGACAAAGCGUACCACGUUUACAUAGGGGGCCAUGGUCGGUUGGUGAUUUGCACCAGCUUCCCUCAUCCCUUUGAAUCUAAGACUCUCUCUUCUCUCUUUAGCAUUCAUCGAUCAGUGUGGCAGAACCCACAUCGAUCACCUUUUCUCUGCCAAUCUAAUUAACACUGCGAUGAGGAAGCUCUGCCCCAACUAUGAUCGUGAAGAUGGGCUCGAUACAGUUCUGGAGGUCCCAAUCCCAGAAGAAAUGUUCUGCAACAAGAGCACCAACAGGUCAUGGCAAAACAUGAAGUCAUGGAUGAAGCCAACCGCUGAAAAAUCACAGCACUCCCUGGCAACCGUCUUUGGAAGCCGGAACGCCGAGAUCCAGCUCUUGCUUGGCGUCGUCGGAGCUCCAUUAAUCCCUCUUCCUAUCCACUGCGAUCACCAACCCAUCAACCGCAACAUCAAAGACCAUCCUAUUGACGUUUCGAUGGCGAAAUAUAUAGUGCAACAGUACAUAGCGGCAGUAGGGGGAGAGAAUGCUAUAAGUUCCAUAGACAGCAUGUACGCGAUGGGGAAGGUGAGAAUGGCGGCUUCCGAGUUCUGCGCAGGAGAAGGGAGCUUGAACAACAGUAAGGUGGUGAAGGUGAAGAGCGUGAGACAUGGGGGUGGAGAGAUGGGAGCGUUUGUACUGUGGCAGAAAAGGCCAGAGCUUUGGUGCCUGGAGCUCGUCGUCUCCGGGUGCAAGAUUAGCGCCGGGAGUGAUGGCAAGGUGGCUUGGAGGCAGACCCCUUGGCACCACUCUCACGCCUCCCGUGGCCCACCUAGGCCUCUUCGCCGUUUCUUACAGGGUCUUGAUCCAAUGUCCACAGCAAAUUUAUUCUCCAAUUCUGUCUGCAUUGGCGAGAAGGCAAUCAACGGUGAAGACUGUUUCAUGCUAAAACUUGAGGCUGAAUCCUCAACACUAAGAGCAAGAAGCGGCAGCAACGUGGAAAUAUUAAGGCACACGGUGUGGGGCUACUUCAGCCAACGAACAGGCCUCUUGGUCCAACUAGAAGACUCCCACCUCCUCAGAAUCAAAGCCUCCGGAAAUGACAGCAUCUAUUGGGAGACCACCAUGGAGUCAUUGAUCCAAGACUACCGAACCAUCGACGGCAUCAACAUUGCACACGCCGGCAAGACCUCGGUUUCUCUGUUUAGGUUCGGCGAGAGCCCGGAAAGCCAUUCUAGGACCCGCAUGGAAGAGGCUUGGACCAUCGAAGAAGUCGAUUUCAACAUAAAGGGAUUGUCCAUAGAUUGCUUCUUGCCUCCUGCUGACCUAAAGAAAGAGGAAGAAGUAUGCGUUGUAACGACUAAUACGCGGCUACCAUUAAGGAUUCGAUCAGCUUCUUCUAGGAUUAGUUCCUCAAAGGUAGUUGCUCUCAAUGUCGAAGACUCGGACAUCAUUGACAGUGAUCAUGAAGAGUCAUGAAUAUGUACGUUUCCAUUUUGUAAAUACGUACGUACACCAUCACAUGCAUGAUCGAUAUACAUGCGCAAUUUAGUUGUUAUGUAUAGGUUUAUUAUUAAGGAUUUAACAUGCGACAUUGAGACGUCUCAACAUCAUGGUCUUUGUGUACCAUGAGAUCACAUACCAUCAAGACAUGGUGGUAUGAUCAAGCAACUGCAUCUAUGGUUUAUGAUUCCAAAAAAUCAAGAUUAUGAUUUUUUUUCAUGAUCUCCUGUCCAUAAUGUAAGAGCUAUAAUAUUAGAAAUACCUUCAUUAUGAGGAAAUUAAUAUGUUCUUGCAAA